AUGCCGGGGCCGCGUCCUCGGCAGCACAGCAGGGCCGCGCUCGCAUUCUCCCUGCAGGACACUUGCAGGGAGACGGAUCUCCUCCUUCUGGCGCGCUACUUCCACAAGGUGAGGCAGUACGUCCACCUGCAGCGGCAGAACACCCACCUCAAGCGAUGCGCCGUGCUCCUGAGGCACCAGGCCACCAGAAGGACGGUGAUGGAUUACUUCAUCCGUUGGCUCGGCACCACGCAGCGCCAAACGAGCGUCCGCUCCGGCCAGCGUGAGCCCAAAAAGAUCGUCGUGCUCCCCCGAGCCCAGGACUUCAUCAACUUGGGCCGCCGUUACUUGGCGCGAUGGCGACUUUGGCUCCGACAUCAGCGGCAGCGACGGCACCAGAACGUCGCGCUCCUGCACAACAAGGUAGCGGAGGCCAGGCAACAGGAAAUCUUCUUUCGGUGGUUUUACUUUAUUUCGCAAAAGCAGCGAAAGGCCCUCGAGUCACGGAUAAGUGAGCUGGAGUGCGACAACAAGCGCCAGACUUGGCAAGUUACACAACUCGAAGCGGAGCUUCGGCAACGCCAGAGCACCAUCAUGAAACUCAAGGAAGACGCAGAGAAACUCCAGAUGCAGAACACAGAACAAGAAAAGAAACUAACGGACAUCAAAGCGGCUGCGGAAACAGCCAUAAAAAGACUCGCAGGAACGACUGCGAAGGUGACGGACGAAACAGUGACAAGUGCAACGAGAGAGGUGGCGCAGCACGAAGAUGAGUUCAUUCUUCGAUUACUGAAGGACUGUACAGACGCGGGUAAAGCGCUUGAAAAACUGCGGGUGUCACUUCCAGAAGACGCCGUGCCUUCGACAAGUUUUCAAUCCGUAGCGGAGAUUGCGUGUCAGAGAAGCACUGAAAUGGAAGAUACAGUUGCACGGUUGAAGAAGGCGUUGCAUGAUACCAAGAGCGUGGCGGUAUUUUUCUGUAGGCUGUUGCAAGAGGGAGGGUCCAGGGUUUUGGAGUUAGCCAAGCUAAUGUCUCUUGCUGACCCUCCAUCCGCAGUUGAUAACCUAGACGAGAUGAGGUGGCCGCUGCUUCGGUGGGGCCCGCAGAGUGACCUGGCUGCCUUGGAGGAGAGCCUCGGUGGAACAGAGAAUCUGAAGUUGGUCCAGGACCACUUGCUACAGAGGCAUCGACUAGCUGCAGAUGGACCUUCCACCGCGAGUGUGUUGGAGUCGUUCCGUGAGGCGCUGGGCCAGAUGCAAGAGGCACUGUCGAGGUGUAGGAGCCACUUCCUGGAGCAGAAGAUGUUGGCGGGGCAAGAGGCUGAGAAGAAGGUGGCGCUGGCCAAGGCGGUGCGGGACGCCGUCGCGGCGUUGCGGGGAUGGUCUGUUGCACCUGCUGAUGUUGCCCCGGAGGGGAUGAAGGAACAGCAGCUGGCGACGGAGGUGCUUCGCGAGAGUGAGGCAGCCUCCAAAACACUCAAAAAUUUACGCCAGCUGUUGACCCGGCAGAGAGUGGGGGAAACGCCGGUGGUAGCUGACAGCCUAGGCGACUGGUGCAGGGGAACGCCAUACAUUUUGCAGCUGCCGGUUAUCGAGACGCACGACGAGCUUGUGAAUGCCGUGUCUAAGGUGUGCAACCGACUCAGUGAGGUUAGCAAGGCGUACAAUGAGGUUUACUCGGAAUUUCUUCAAUUUGUCCCCGACUCUCCUCGCCCGGGCAGAGAAGUCAACGGCAAUGUUGUUUUUUUCGCACCCCCAACGGGUCGUCGUUAUGACCCGGUUAAGCGAGCAGAGGUGGUCGUCAGCAGUGUGACGAGGUACAUCCAGGGCAAGGGACGGGAGGUGAAGGAGCUCCGCGGCGUGAUGCGGCGCGGCAUUGAGGCUCUUGGCGGCACGGAGGAGUCCGACACCGAUGACGACGUCAUGGAUCAGGAGCGGAGUGCGGCGAAUAGUGCGAGGGUGGGGAAGGCGCUCGCACUGCUCUGUCGCGACACCGGGGACGCCAUCAACGACGCCAGGGCGGUGCUUGGGGUGCCGAAGGAGGGUAAGUUAACGCUGUCGCAGGUGAUCCCUAAUCUGCGGGAAAAAAUGCGUGAGCUGGAGGCUGUCACGACGGAGUCUGCCGCGCUGAUGGACGAGGUGCGGCUCUCCCUCGCCUCCGCGCCACGAGAUGGCUCCUUAACUUUCUCGCGACGCCUGAAGCCCAAGCGGAAGCCCAUGGCGCUGGUGGUGAACACGGCGAAGGCAGAAAAGUCUGAGGCGAUGAAACUUCUCCACAUUAGUGCCACUUCUACCGUGACGAGGUCCGUUUCGCUGAAACCGGUGGAGAUCCUUCGAGGGCUACGAAGGGAAAUUGCAGACAAGACGGCUGAAGUGCGGCAAGUUCGGGAGGCAUGUCAAACGCUCAUUGGCAUCCUCGAUGGCUCCCACGUGACGGAGGCGGAACAGUCGCAGCGCGGGGAGCUGCUUCUGCCGCUCCUCGCGGCUCAGGCCGAGGAGCUGAGGCGGGGGCUGAGGCUCGCCGAUGCGGCUCUUUCUGACGCUGGGGUGCGUGGUGGCAGCAGCGUCGGAAACUACCUCGCGGUGCUUGCGUCUAAUGUGAUGUCGCUACGCGCUGGAAAAGAAACACUGCAAGAGGAAGUUAAUCAACGCAUCAAGCAGGCCAACUAUCUGAUGACUGAAUUGACAGAGCAUACCAUUCGCCUGAAGACGCAGAACAAAAUUCUUCAUAAAACGCUGAAUUCUCUGCAGGAAAAAUUUGUGGUGCAGAAACACGUCCGGCAGAUUCGCGCAGAACAGAUGAAGGAGAUACUGCGCUUGAGAACAGUAAAAGAACUCCUCCGUAGACGACUUCUUGCGUGGCUGGGGCGCGUUGUGGCAAUGCGCAGCACGGAAGCACGUGGUGCCGUUAAGGAGCAGAAAAGGCUCUCAUUUGAGGUUGUCCAGAAGCAGCAUCAGCAGAACCAGCUCGCCAAGCUGCUUGCAACUGCCCUUGACUCGCUGCCAGGGGAAGCAGCACGGGAGACCGACGCAUUCGACACAGAGCACACAUUGCUGCAACGCGCGCUCGAGUGUGAAGGCGCCGCUCUUGAGGCGUUCGUGCGGGAGCGACUGGAUGCGGCAAAGGCGUGGAUGCAGUCCUUUGCGCCAGUCCUCUCCGCGGUGGCGUCACUCCGAGCUGAGGCCGUGGCACUCCGUCAGUUGGUUGCAGCUGCCUGGGGUGGGGGCGUCGAGCGGGCGUACCGUCAGAUACUGUUCGACGCCUUGAAGGGUCUUGCGACGUCUGGCGAAGAGAAGGAAAGGGAGUCCGCCUUUCUGCGGAACCGCGCGCGGGACCGGGAGGAGAUUGCACGUGCAAACACAGAUCUCGCCCAUGAGGUCGCGGAACUCAGGGAAGCGUUGGAGGGGGCGCAGGUCUAUAUCGUGUCCCAAGACGAACAAAUCAUCAAACUGCGUCGGGAGAAUAGGGACCUUCAGAUAAACAGUGUGAUCUGCCGGGAUGACAGCGCAAGCAACACUUUCAAUGGUCCCACCCCCUCCAGUAACCUUCGCGCGUAUCCAGAGGCGGAGUGCCUCAUGCUUGCGCGGUCGAAGCGGCUGCUGCUGGAGGCGAUCAAGGCCAUGGCGGGAGAAGACCUCGCGGCGUGCAUUGGAGAGGUGGCUGAGCUCACGCUGAAGCUGUACCGUCGUACAACAACCGCUCUUGAAGAGAUCUGCAGCGCCCGAGAUGCGACGCUUGGUCCACUCCCCGCACAAAUAGAGGCGUGGUUGCAGGAGCUACAAUGCAUGCGUGGCGCUCGGAAUGCCAUUCUCGCGCGUCUUCCGAUGCUAUUGCGGAUGCCAUAUGCCAACUGA